GGUCAUCAUAGGACACACGUAUCACACGAACAGGAGUUCGCACUUCUUUAAUCCUCUGGAUAUGUUUGCGUGGAUGACUUCAGCCUCGGCAGUAUGGUUCGUGACAGCUCCUUUUACAGUCGACACCUUCUUCUUGCUGAGUGGAUUGCUGAUUGUGUACACCUCUGUUGGAAAGAUAAGUCCGAACGGCCUAUUUAAGAAUAUUCAUCUAUUCUACCUUCAUCGUCUACUUCGAAUGUUUCCCAUUUUGGCAACUGCCGUGUUUCUUCAAGCAUCUUUGUUCAACCACAUUUCUGACGGACCGGAGUGGUUCGUCAUAGUUGACAAAGUUGAACGGUGCAGGACAUAUUGGUGGUCUACCCUCUUAUACGUGCAGAAUUAUUUAACGCAGAAGUGGUGUAUUGGCCAUACUUGGUACCUAGCUGUUGACGUGCAGCUGUGGGUACUUGGCAAAAGAAAAUCGGCAUGGGUUUCGUUAACCUGUGUCACGUUGGCCGUGAUGGUGGUAACGACAACCUAUAACUAUUUGAACGAGUUCCCGCCGGCAUCUUUUGUACCAACCCGACCAGUAGAAGACUCUAUCCAUUAUUCACGAUAUUAUUAUAUAAACACUCUGACGAGAUGCUCGCCUUUCUUCGUUGGAAUGCUGUUUGGCUAUCUUCUUAACAUUUUCAAGAGCAAACCAGUUCAUAUGGCUAAAUGGCUUGUAGCAUUAUGCUGGUUCUGCGCCUUUGGCGUUUUCGCGGGUAUUAUCUACUCCUCAUAUGCCACUGUUCAAAUGGAUUGGGACAGCCUAUUUUGGGACGGGAUCAUCAACUCCUUUGCUAGACCUGGAUGGGCUGCAAGCCUUGGAUGGAUGAUAUUUGCAUGUACUCACGGCUAUGGAGGUCCCAUCAACUGGUUUCUGUCACUUCGUAUGUGGAAGCUACCAUCUCGGCUUUCUUACGCGAUGUACAUCUUCCACUAUCCCAUAAUAAUGAUGAUCAAUGGUACUUCUGUCUCGGCCAGUUACUUCUCCGUUGAACGUUUUUUCCUCCGAUUUAUAUCUGACUUCGUAUCAGCGUUUGUUAUCGCUUUUAUCCUCUUACCUACAUUCUUCCUUUGGAAAGGACAUAAGAAAUUAAAAAAUAUUGCGGAGAAUUUUUCAAUGGUAACCCUAAUGUGUUCCUUGUAA